UUGCCUCUGACAUAAACGCAUUACAUGUGUUCUCUGCAUGGGGGAUUACUGAGCAGAGUCUGUCAUGGUCUGGCUGCCUGAGUCACGCACUCAUUACCAAAGGUGCGUAAUUACGCACUGAAGGCAACACCUCCUCGCUGUAUAAUCCGAAGUGUCAGCAGCAACUGUCCCUUAUAUGACGUCCACAUGCUGCUAUGAGUCAAGACACAAUACGAGGAAAUCCCCAAGGCUGAGAAAACGACGAGAGGCCCCUUUAAAUCCACGCUUCCUCUCCAAGAGAGAGAGAGAGAGAGAGGAAGAGAGAGAGAGAGAGAGCUCUGAUAAACAACAACACGAUUCUUCUUCUCAGAAGCUGCUUUUACCGGAUUCAUCUCUUUACUGCGGCUAAGCUGAAGAAGUGGCUACCAGGACUUUCUCUCUUGUCAUUAUUUCCAAAGCAUUCUGUGUGUCGUUUCAUACAUUCAUUGUGUUGAAUGCCAUUGCGGAAGUGAGCAGCAGCUUUCAGACACAGAGCACAGAGCAGAGCUUUGGGCAGUGCGGACAUCUGGUGGUCGAUCAGGAGAAGUGCACCUCCUCUCAUCUGCUGGAUCUGGACUCUCUGGAGAUGUACGGAGCUUCAGGCAUCCCAGAGCUCAUACCGCCCACUGGGCCGCCCAGGCAGGCCGGUCCGGAGGGCCAGUACAACCCGGGACAUCCCCAGGUCAACGGGGGCGACGGAGGGGCCAACCCGCAGAGACUCGGCCAGAGGGCACCCAAACUGGGAGCGAUCGGUCGAACCAAGAAAGUGGACUUGGACGAUGAAGACCUGGAUGACAUCAUGAACAACAACGGCCAGUGUCCUGUAUCCCUGUCGCCCAUCUCCUAAACUUCACCAAGAAGUGCCAAAAAAAAAAAAAUCCCCCAGGACGCCAAACCUCCCUGUCAGAGAUCUUGGCCUUGAUCCUGUCAUGUGUCUGACUGAAGCUUCUGACGGCUCAACCAGGCACAAAAAAACCCCGCCUCAUUUAGCGGCAGCUGAAGCCUAGGCCCUGAUUGAUUGUACAUAGUGUUUAUUUAACUCACCUUUGGUCAGACUGUGAAUGGAUUGUAUUGCAUCGCUCUCUACUCUAUACCUCGGUAGGCAGUAGUAGAUUAUCAGGACUCGAGAGGAGGAAGUGUCUAUAUUUUUCAGCGCUUCUUAACAAGGGCUACAUUUCUAAAGUUGCACUGAGCAAAACGGUUCGAUGAAAAGCAGCCUCUCGCCCGCCUGUUUUCCGGUGAGGGUUUUCUGAUUGGUCGGUUGUGUGAGGGAACACGCGCCUGUUUAAUGUGUAACACACAGGUGAAAUGUUAAGCUUUUUGGUUGUGCAAUGACUAUCAUUCUCUACUCUCACACAAAGUGGUGUACUAAUAUCCAGUGGAUGAACGCUCGCUAUUUACUGAAGAAAAACUACUGCUAAUUAUUUAUUGUUUUAAAAAAAAAAAAAAGAAAAACACUUUGUUGUGUUGUUAUGGCUUCUACAUGUUUUUUACUUGUUUCUGAAUGGAAAAAUCGCUUCAGUCAAACUGUAACUGAGAUUUAUUAUGUUUCCAAAAUGGUGCACUUUUGUGGGAAUGCCUUUUAUGUGCAGUGACAUGUUGCAGAAUUCUAUGCAUGGAGUCUGUUGAAGCAUCAAAAACGCGUAACUGGUAUCCCGUUAUUAAGGGCUAAUGUAGUAGUAUUUCAAACCACGGCGCCGUUAUGCUCUUUAGAUCACGCCGAGUCGACAUUUUCCUAAGCUCAUUGUUGGCUCGGGCUGCAGACUCAGCAGUUAAAUAAAACAACAACAGAUUUAUGGAGGGUUUUGUUCGGGUUUCCCAGUUGGCCAGACAACUGUGAUAAAAAGACAGAAAUCAAAAUGAUAUUUGACGCUGUAUCAGAUUGAUAAUUUAAAUGGAUUGGCACACAGACAUGUCGUAAUGAACACUUACUUUGUAUUAAUAUUUACAGCAGUAAUCUGCUUAAGCUACACCCAGAUGGCGUCAUAGUGUCUUUCAGAAGAUAACCUUUACUUUACAAUUACAGUAUGAGAUCAUGAAAACAAGCAGCUCUCACCGCUGAGACAAUCUUAACACUGAUGUUUUUGUGGAGGUCGUUUUAGAGGUUUUUUAAAGAUUGCAGUGGACCUUGAAAUGACAUGCUAUUGAGGCUCAUGCUGAUGUCAUGUUACUUAGCUGGCUGUGAAAUUGUUACUAUAGUCACUUUUUUUUUUUUUUUUUCUUGCGUCAUGAAAAGCACUGCAUUUCACAGCCCGUUCUCUGACUCAAAGAUUGUUGGUUGUGGCUAUACCAUUUGCAUGGAAAUGGUCGACUUUUCAUAAUGCAUCUCGGGAAAUUAAAGAUGAAUCUUUGUGGA